AUGGAGGUCAUCUUGACGAACUCAGUUAGGCCGGGAAUCCUGGUGGAGAAGGAGUUUUUCGUGCAUUCAAAUCAAAACGUCCCCGGCGACCCCAAAGCCUUGUCUCAUCCGCCGUUCUUCGUAUCUGUCGUCCACUCCGCGCCCGACCUGAAGAGGAGAAACGCAAUGCCCGAGCUGCAGGAGAUCACCUCGUCUCUGCCCUCCGGAAAGAUGCUCCCCCGUCGUAACACGAGCGGGGACCGUCUCGGGGACCUUGCCGACUUCUUGCGCGGGCCGCCUCCGCCUGGGAACUUCAUGUCGAUACCCGACGACUUCAGCACGUCCCCCUUGGUUGGCAGCAGGUGGAAGAUCUUCAGAUUCUUCCACAAGAGGCGGAAGGGAAAAAAACAUCCCCCCCCAAUCAUCAAACUCCCAGACUCGGCCGUCUCAGCGAGGACCAGCAGCGGGCUUCGCCACAUAGCUAUAUCGAUCCCGACCGAGCACUCGCAUCUGGGCACGGCCGUCCCUCCGCAAGAUGCCGCAGCGCCGGAGGCGGCGGAAAUGCCUACAUCCCACCAAGUUAGCGACCAAGGGCCCCAAUUAGUACAGAUUACGAUGCCCGACCAGGGCAAGAGGGCCUCAAGGCUGGGCCUCGACGACCACGAUUCGCUGUCCUCUGCGUCGUUCGCUCAAGGGUCUGGGGCGAUUAUAGAUGAGGUCACCGGGUUGGCCCCUCCUCCUAGAAAAGCAUCUGUGCUCUCGAUAGUUCCAUCAGGAGAAGAGAUCCCCAGUAGCAAGGGCAAGGGGCCACGUAUACAGAGCGAUCCGCAAGGCAGCGCCUGGCGCGAAUAUGAAGCACCGUUGAGUCCUCUGGGGCUCAGCAGACUAAGGCCGCACGCCGUCAUGCGGGAGUCUAGGUUUCCUAGGUACGGACCUGAACCGGAGAUGAGGCAGAGUAGGAGUAUCUCGGAACCCGCCGCUUCCGGGGUAGCCUCGCGCAUGGCUCACAGUGCGGCGCCGGCAGCGACCACGACUCUGACGGGAACGACAUCAAGGCAGUCGAAGAGACAUUCGCAGCAGAAUUCGCACGAGGGCUACGAGUCUUCGUCUCAUCACCGCCAGGGCCACCGGCACCAAGCUUGGCCGCUCCGGACGCACAGCCUCGCCUUCUCGAAGGACGACGGCAGGGGCGUGGGGCCCACGGCCGCCGGCGCCAGCGCUAUCGUGGCCGUCGUCGGCAAGAAAGAUUACAACGAUGACGAAUUCGUCACGCCGCUGCGGAUUGUUUCGACGAACUCGCUGGGCGCAAUAGCGCUGCCGGCGCGGACAUCGAGCCGGCGGGCGCGGACGACAGAGAGCGAGACAGGGGGGGCCGUCGUCGGCAGCGUCGGCAGCCGCAGCGGCCGCACAUUCGCCGUGGCCAGCGGCAUAAGAUCCGUGCACGGCAGCAUCCACGACGGUGGCAACGGCAACAGCAACAAUAACAACAAUAAUAACAACAACAACGGCGGUGGCACCCACAACUGUGCCUCCUUCGCCGAGAGCAUCGUCACCACCGAGUCGAGCCCGCGCGUGCUUAAGGCCCAGACCGCGACCGCGUACCAGUCGGUGCCGAUCGUGGUGCGGCCUCCGUCGCGGCCCGGGGUCGAGGCGGCGGAGCCGCCGCUGGACCUGGACAACCCCGACGACGGGUGGAGGUAUUACGCGCUCCUGCCGCCGCGGCGGCUGUCGGAGGACGUCGGCGAGGGCACCGCGGGCCGCCACGAGCGCAAGCAGCGGGACGUAGAUAGGUUCCAGGCGCAUCCGUACCCACGCCUGGGGCCCGAUUCCGCGGCGGUGAAGCAGCAGCAGAAGAAGUCGGAUGUGCGGCGCAGUCAGCCUCUCGACCUGCCCCCCUCUCACCAUCACUAUCAUCACUAUCGUCGCAAUAAGCAAGACCACACGACGAGUAGGACGCCGACGCACGAGAGUCGACGGAGCCAGGGCGCGGAGCUCGUCCCGUCGCCGUCGCCCUCCCCGUCGUCCCCCUCGAUCCCCCCCUCGUCCUCGCUCCCCUCGUCCCUGCUCUCGCUAUCCUUCUCCCCCACCACCACCUCCUCCUCUGAUUCCUUACCCCGCUCCCGCCGCCACCGCCACAGACACCACCACCGCCGCCGCUCCUCGGUGUCCCCGCCGCCGUCCUAUUACCGCCUGCGCGAGCAGCAAGCGGCGCAGGAGGAGCGCGCCGCGCGCCGCGCCCGGCAGACGGCACGCGCCCUGGCCCGCGACAAGGCCGCGCGCGACCGCUGGGAGAUGCGCCGGCGGAGGCGCCGCGACGGCGAGGCGCGCGCGCGCGACGUGGAGCGGCGAGUGCGGCGGCUGGAGCGGCGCGGGGCCGCCGUCGAGCGCGGCGUCGCGGCCCUCGCCGCGGCCCUCAACCGCCUGCUGCUGCUGCAGGGCCGCGAGCCCGUCGCGCUGCCGGCGCCGCCGGAUGCCGCCUCGCCGUCGUCGUCGUCGUCGUCGCCGCCGCCGACCGCCUUCCGCCGCCGCCGCCGCCGCAGCUCCUCCUCCGCCGCCGAAGACCCGCGCCCCAAGCCCGGCCGCGCGGCGCGCAGGCGCCCCACGCCGCUCGAUCCGCUCUCCCGCGUGUGCGCCGGGGCGCGCGAGGACUCCGCCGAGGGCAGCCAGCGCGCCAGCGUCGGCGCCGGCGCCGGCGACGAGGUGCUGGGGCCGAGAGGGGACGGAGAGGCCCGCGAGGCAGAGGCGGAGAAGGCGGUAGUCCGCACGCGGAGCAGGAGGCGGUAG